AUGACUAAAAAAUCAAAUAAAUCGACAGAUUUAGAUCUUGCUUUUAUUAUUGAUGCUACUGGAAGCAUGUUCAUACCAACAAUUGUUUCUACUACUAUUAAACCUGUAAAUAUGCGAACACAAAUAUCAAAUAUAAGUUUAGCAGAUGAUGGAUUACUUGAUGUAAUUCAAGCACAAAGACUUGUUCGUAAAUAUAUUGCUCGUAAUAAACUUGAAUCAACUUGA